AUGUCGCUAACGAAUUAUUAUUCCAUGAUGGGGCUCCAGACCGAGGAGCCGUACGGUGCACACUUCAUCCCGGGAAGCUUGCAGGGUUCGACGGCCGGCUGCGCAAAGCCAGCCCGGGGAGCGGAGGAGGAGGAGGGGACUCCCAGCUCACACAUUCCGGAUUUCUCACAUUUUUCCAACAAACAAACGAGCUUAAAUGGCUUUUCUCCUUGGACAAACACCUCCACUUCCUCUUCGUCGUCUUCUCCGCAGCUGCAGUCCGCCCCCGGUGCCUCCAUCCCCAGCCUUUUUCAUCCACAUCACCUCUUGAGUCACCACCACCCUUAUUACGGCCCACAGGCGCAGGCACACGCCGAACACCUCGCAUCCUCUGCCGCUUCGGAGAGCAGGUUCGUCCGCUGUUGGGAGGGGGCGACUCCCACCUCGGAGACCGCUCUGUCACAAGCUCCAGCCAGUUUUCCCGGGUGUCUCCCCGCUCAGGGUGACCUCUCCAAUCCGAGCCCCAGGUACGAGGCGGUUAAACCGGAAAGCUCACCGCCGGCACACGACAGCCCCGGGGAUUCUAGCUUCGCCAGCCCGGCUGAGGUGGUCCUCGAGCGGCUUGGGACCGUGGAGGAGCUGGGAAGAAAGCCCGAGCCCAAGAAAGAGGAGGAGGAGAGAAAAACACAGCAGAAGCAGCCUGACCCGGAAAAUCCAUCAGCCAGUUGGAUCCACGCCAAGUCGACCCGGAAGAAGAGGUGUCCGUACACCAAGCACCAGACCCUGGAGCUGGAGAAGGAGUUCCUCUACAACAUGUACCUGACCAGGGACCGGCGCCUGGAGGUGGCAGGACUCUUAAAUCUGACAGAGAGACAAGUCAAAAUCUGGUUCCAGAACAGACGGAUGAAGAUGAAGAAGCUGAUGAUCCGUGAGAGGAGGAGUAUGAACGAAUGA